UCAGCUGAAGCCAGUCUGCUGGCAGAGCAGAUCCUCCGCUGUCUGCCUCUUUACUGGAUCUAUUUCCUCCUCCUCAUGCUCAGCGGCACGGCGGAGGGAUACUGUCAGGUGGAUGGGAUGGCGGGCAUCGAGUACCACGACCUGGAGGCCGCCGAGGCGCUGGUCAGCAUGAGCUUCUGGGGUCAAAGGUCGCACAAGCCCCGCCCCCUGACCCCCACCUCCGACUCCUGUGACUCCAUCCACCUUCAGGGGGGGGGCGAGGGUCCCAAAGACCUGAUCGCCCUGUCAUCGCUGUGUAUGACACCACCUCACAGUCCCAGCUUCCCCUCUGAGACCUCCGCCCCCUUUCAGAGACCUCAGAGACCUCCACCCCCCCAGGUGGACUCCUGCGUCCUCACCAGCGUCAUCCGCCACACUGACAGCCUCGCCCCCUCACCCCAGCCUGCACAGACCCCCUCACCCCAGCCUACACAGAACCCUUUACCCCAGCCUGCACAGAACCCUUUACCCCAGCCUACACAGACCCCCUCACCCCAGCCUGCACAGAACCCUUUACCCCAGCCUGCACAGAACCCUUUACCCCAGCCUGCACAGAACCCUUUACCCCAGCCUACACAGACCCCCUCACCCCAGCCUACACAGACCCCCUCACCCCAGCCUACACAGACCCCCUCACCCCAGCCUGCACAGAACCCUUUACUCCAGCCUGCACAGAACCCUUUACCCCAGCCUGCACGGAACCCUUUACUCCAGCCUGCACAGACCCCCUCACAGACCCCCUCACAGAUCCCCUCGCCACCUCUGCUCUGCCAGGUGUUCAGCAGCCGCUCGGGGUUGAUCUCCGCCUUCAUGCAGGCGCCCAUGCAAGUGUUCGUUGUGCCGCAGGCGUCCGCAGCGCCACACGCCGUCAUGACGCUGGGCAACACUAAGCUCCUCCCCCUGGCGCCGGCGCCCGUCUACCUGCCGUCCGGAGCGAGCGGCGGCGUCACGCAGGCAGACUUCUCCCGACGCCGAAACUACGUCUGCAACUUCCCCGGCUGCAAGAAAACCUACUUUAAGAGCUCGCACCUGAAGGCUCACCUGCGCACACACACAGGCGAGAAGCCGUUCAGCUGUCACUGGGAAGGCUGCGAUAAGAAGUUCGCCCGAUCCGACGAGCUGUCGCGACACCGCCGGACGCACACGGGCGAGAAGAAGUUCGUCUGCAGCGUCUGCGAGCGGCGCUUCAUGCGCAGCGAUCACCUGACUAAACACGCCCGGCGUCACAUGACCACAAAGAGGGCGUCGUCGUGGAGCGCCGAGCCCCGCGACCUCAACAGAGGCCCCGCCCCCUCACUUCCUGUCGGCGUGCUGGUGAGCACCGCCAACUAACAGUCAACUCAGGAACCAAACUGUGACUCUCAAUCAGCUCCACAUCCGGAGGAACUUUUUUUCUACAGAUAUCUCUGCUGGCCAGAAGCUGAGCGCCGGCUGCGUCUGCGCGAGAUUCAGCGUGAACUCAAAUAAAGUCAUUAUAACUCUUUAGGGUUUAUCUUAGAGAUCUUCAGGUGAACUAAAGGUAGCUUCCCUUCUUUCCCUCUACCAGUGACCCUCUGAGGCUAAAACGCUCAGUACACUCCACGACCCCUAAAAUCUGAAUGCUAACGUUAGCAUGUUAGCAUGAUAAUGUCAAAACAUUUUAACUUCCUGAUUUUUAGCAUGUUAACGAGCUCACAGUUAAAUGCUAACAUUUAUUAUGUAACGCUUAGAGUUUUACAUGCUAUCAUGCCAACUUUUUAAUAAGCGGACAUAGGUGCAAUUAGCAUGCUAACGUUAGGCCGUUAGCAUGAUAAUGUCAAAACAUUUUAAUUUCCGGAUUUUUAGCAUGUUAACGACUCAAAGUUAACAUGUGCCGAUGCUAACAUUUAGUAUGUAACGCUAAGAGUUUUACAUGGUAUUAUGCCAACUUUUUAAUAAGCGGACAUAGGUGCAAUUAGCAUUCUAACGUUAGCAUUAGCGCUGUUCGACUGAUUUUUAAGAUAUCUGCAGCCCUUUAAAAUAAACAGUAACCUUUAAUUGUCCACCACAGUUGUUGUGUUUGGAAAUCAGACUCAAAGCCCGCAGAAAAUAUGAGGUUUAAGGUGUUUUAAAAGUAUAUAUAUUAAGAUAAAGAUCUAAUUAAAUCGUGCAGACGCAGCCGGCGGACGUCGGAUCGAGCUUCCCGACAUCCUCAGGACGUUUUAUUCCACAAACUCACCGUAAAGGAGGACGAGGCGACAGGCUGCUACUCUCACGGACAGACACCAACAGAAACCUGACAUUGCACUGGAUUUUUUUAAUCUUGCUUGUUUUUGUACUCUCCGUGUAUACUCAUGUUUACUUCAAUGUUUAGCAAAGAUGUAUGCACUCUUUUUAUUUUUUGCCAAAGCCUCUGUAUUGUGCUUCUGUUAUUAUUGUUAUUGUUAUUAUUAUUAGCCUACUUCUGUGUCUGUAAAUACUGUAAAUAUAUUGAUAUCUAUAUGAAUGUGACGUGUAUUCCAGUCUGCAUUUAUUGUACGAGUUAUUGAUAUUUUACACAUGUCAGUGGACAGUAUUCCUCGCUGUGAGACUACCUACUAUCUUUACACGGUUAUUAUUUAAUGAAGCGUUUGUUGAGGAAGAAGUGCUGGUUUCUCCAUAGUGUAGCCAGUAAGAAAAUACCUCGUUAUUAAAUGUUAUUCUUAAUAAUAACGGCUUAUAUAUGAAUAAUCCCAUCUUCUGAACAUUUGCCUGUAAGCGAUGUUGAAGAAUAUGGCUUUUAUAAUAAAAACGUACCAUGAAAAAUA